AGGGGGCAAGGGGAGACAGAGACAGAGAGAGAGAAAGGAGGAGAGGGAAAGAAAGAGAAAGAGAGGGAGUGUCAGGAGGCGUGAAAAUAGAGUACGCCACAAACUCUCCUACAGCUCGCAAAGAGGACCUGUCCUUAAGUGGGUGCGACCAGGCCAAGCACACUCUCUCCUAAUUCUAUUAAAUCUACCCAGAGAGCGAGAGCGAGAGCGAGAGCGAGCGAGAGAGAGAGAGAAAGAGAGAGAGAGAAAGAAAGAGAGGACGCUAAAGGGAGAGGAGGAAAGUAACGGAGGGCUGAGAGGUUGAGAGGGGGGAAAAGAAGAGCAGGAAAGAAAGAGAAAUAGGACCAAAGAAGAGAGCAAAACCGCUUAACAAAUUUGUUAAGAAGUACAUAUCAACAACAACAACCACAGGAGGUACUGUAAAUAUCAACAGGUCAACAACCACAGGAGGCCAAAGCCAGCUUCUAGGACGGGCCCUUUGUUACCUCACAAUGGCAGCCACUCGCAUGGUAGCCGCCGCCAUGACGCUGGUUGUUGUCAUGGCAUUCGUUGCGCCAACAUAUGGAAUGAGUAACGAACUGGAUUAUGGGAACUGGAACUACAGGGAAGGAGCGGAGAACGUGGACGUGACCCACGUGCGGAGUGUCACCCGAGUGCUGGACUCCUGGGGCAAGAAGAUCUUCAACGAGAUCAAGACCCUCCUGCACUCCCAGCCCAGUGCCCUCCUCCCAGACUACUCCAGGGUCCGCCCUCUCUCCGAAUCCCUCAAUGACCUCUUCCGAGAAGUCUUGCACUUGCAGAGGCGCAUCACCGACCUCAACCAUCGCCUAGCAACCCUGGAGCCCGUCCUCCGUCGCUACGGAUACCGUGCGCGAGGGGAGGAGGAGGAGGAGGAGGACCAAGAGGAGCAGCAGCAGAAGCAGAAGCAGGAGGAAAGGAUGAUGAUGGAGGAGAGAGGGAAGGAGAGGUGGAGGGAGAGGGGAAGGGAAAACAAGGCGCUGGCACCCCAGGGGGGGCACGCACGGGGGGGGGGUGCCGGCCUGGCACGGUACCCCCGCAAAUACACCGUCCGGACUGUGAGGCCUCUGAGAAGGGUGGUGCGCACCAGGAGGGUGAAAGUGUACAAGGACAAGGAUGGAAGAAUGAGGGUGCUGGAGAACGACGGCAGCGAGAGAUAGAGAGAGGGAGUGGAUGAGAGAGAGAGAGAGAGGAGAGAGUGUGAGAGAGAGGGAGUGGAUGAGAGA